GAGGCAGGCAGAGAGAGAGAGUGAGGGAGGGUGUAAGGCUGAAAGUGUGAGUAGAGAGACAGAGAGGAACACAGAGAGAGAGAGAGAGCGAGAGAGAGAAUCAGCAGUGUGUGUGAGAGGUUGAAGGAUCACUUCUAUCCCGUCUUGUUUUGGGGAGACUAACCUUGUUCAUCUGAGCAUUGUGGGACUGUUUUAUGUUGUUGUUGACGAGAGCGACGGACCCUCACUCCAGCAUGCUCACUGAGCCUGAGCUACCUCAGGAGUGUAACAGGAUGUCUUCCAAGCGACCAGCCUCUCCAUAUGGGGGGACAGAUGGAGAGGUAACCAUGGCAACCAGCAGACAGCGAAUGGAGGAUGAGGAUAGCGAGGGACUGGGCGGUGUCAUCCACCUACCCCUGGCCUCCUACUGCGGCAAGGUGUCCCCUCGUUCGCCUCACAACCGCAACUUGGACAGCCCCCCCAACAUGGAGCAGGACGGCACUAAGCGGAGCUCUUUGAGUCCUUACCCCCAGCACAAUGCUACCUCACCAGGCAAAGAGGAUGGUGGAGGAGGUGGGCGGCCCUGCAGCGACGGAAGCUUAGCCACAGGUACCCUCGGGACCCCAGAGAGACGCAAGGGCAGCCUGGCAGACGUUGUGGACACACUGAAGCAGCGGAAGAUGGAGGAGCUGAUCAAGAACGAGCCAGAAGAGGCCCCCAGCAUUGAGAGGCUGUUGUCAAAGGACUGGAAGGAUAACCUUUUGGCCAUGGGCUCAGGGCACAUCGGAGAGAUUAAAGGUACUGCGGACAGCCUGGCGGAGAAAGAGCGCCAACUCAUGGGCAUGAUUGGCCAGUUGAGCAGCCUGAGGGAGCAGCUCCUGGCGGCCCACGAGGAGCAGAAGAAGCUGGCCACCUCGCAGAUGGAGAAGCAGAGGCAGCAGAUGGAGCUGGCCAAGCAGCAGCAGGACCAGAUUGCCCGGCAACAGCAGCAGCUUCUGCAGCAGCAACAACACAAAUCAACCUUCCUGCAGCAACAAAUCCAGCAGGUCCAGGGCCAGCUCCCCCCGCUGAUGAUUCCCGUCUUCCCCCCGGACCAGAGGACCCUGGCGGCGGCGGCGGCCCAGCAGGGCUUCCUGAUGCCCCCUGGCUUCAACUACAAGCCUGGCUGCAGUGACCCCUACCCUCUCCAGCUCAUCCCCACAACCAUGGCUGCUGCUGCUGCUGCUGCUGCCGCCACACCAGGCCUGGGACCCCUACAACUCCAGCAGUUGUAUGCAGCUCAGCUGGCGGCCAUGCAGGUAUCCCCGGGGGCCAAGCAGCACGGAGGCAGCCUGCCACCCCAAGGCAGUAUGGGCACCCACUCCCCCCCCACCAACACACACUCACAGAGCGACAAGGGCCGUAACUCCCCGCUACCAAACAAAAAGGACAGUGAGGGUGCACAGCCACUGAACCUGUCGGCCAAGCCUAAGGCAUCCGAGAGCAAGUCACCCAACUCCCCCCCAACUUCCCCACAGGUCGCUGCAGCCGCUGCCGCCAAGCUGGGCCCUAACAUGAAGCACAGCAUUGCCCCCUCCAGCAUCGGAGGCCCACCCACCAGGGUCAGCUCCAUAGCAGACUUGUUGUCGUCACUGUCCACGACCGCCUACCUGAGCGACCACGAGGCGGUGAGCAAGGCCUUCGCCGAGGCGCGGCAGAUGAAGGAGCAGCUGAAGAGGGAGCAGCAGGUGUUGGACGCCAAGGUGGCCGCCGUCAGCAACCUCAGCCUCAACAACGGACGAUCAGAGAAGGAGAAGGCCGCCCUGGAGAGUCUGAGUCAGCAGCUGAAGCAGCAGGCGGAGGACAAGUUCAGCCACGCCAUGCUGGACUUCACCAUGAGCGGAGACUCUGACGGCUCCCCCAGCGUGUCAGACUCCAGAAUAUUCCGGGAGGCUCGGGGUCGCGGCACUGCCGAGCCGCACAUCAAGAGGCCGAUGAACGCCUUCAUGGUGUGGGCCAAAGACGAGAGGAGAAAGAUCCUGCAGGCCUUCCCCGACAUGCACAACUCUAACAUCAGCAAGAUCCUCGGCUCACGCUGGAAAUCCAUGACUAAUCUGGAGAAGCAGCCGUACUACGAGGAGCAGGCUCGCCUCAGCAAGCAGCAUCUGGAGAAAUACCCCGACUACAAGUACAAGCCGCGGCCCAAACGCACCUGCCUGGUGGACGGCAAGAAGCUGCGCAUCGGCGAGUACAAGGCUAUCAUGAGGUCCCGCAGGCAGGAAAUGAGACAAUACUUCAGUGUGGGGCAGCAAGGCCAAAUACCCUUGUCCUCCGGAGGGGUGGUUUACCCAGGCGCCCUCUCCAUGGCAGGAAUGCCCUCCCCCCAAAUGCCCUCAGAGCACUCAAGCAUGUCCAGCAGCCCAGAGCCAAACGCCGCCCACCACCAGAACCCCCACCUGGCUGGCCUGAAGGGGGAGGAGCCACGAAUCAAGCAGGAGGUGCUGCGGCUGGACGACAGCAACGGCAACGGGUACGACGACUUCGAAUACGAGGACGAAGAGGCAGGAUACACCAGCGAUAAUGAGAACCAUAUCACCCAAUAGGACGGCCUGACAGCUGCCUAUUUGUAAGCCAAUCACAGCUGGUUAUCCCCACACAAUCCCAAACCCACCAAUCAGGAAGAAAACUCUCUCUUUUUGCCAAUCACCUCGAGUCCCAAUCUCACAACACCCGCCCCCCUCUACCCUUCCUGACUAACAUGGACUCUUUAAGAGAGCCAAAUGUUUCCCCCCCCCCCCCCCACUGGAGUCCUGAUACCAGCAUCUGAUCAAUCAACUGAAGCACAGGACCUGUCACUCACACUGACUGUUACACUAACUGGAGUCUGACGACCGAGCCAGCCUCUGACGCUCGCUGAGGAAUAUUCAAGUACUACUGCAAGGUUCUGAGUGUAAUACCAGGAGUGAGGAGAGAUAUCAUUCACACUCAAAAAGCAACCUUUUAGACCCGUUUGUAGAAAAAAGGAGACAUUUUCAAAUGAAAGACGAAUCAGUGGACCUGUCAAAGGCUAACAGAUGACACUUUAAGAUGGCGGACCUGUUUAUUAUCAAGAGACACUUUUAAAAAGUAACAGCUUUUUUUGUUCUUUGGUUCUAUAAUAUUCUCACUCAGGUACACGGUGCCAAUAAGUGGCUUGUGAAUGUGAUUUGUUGUUUUUGUGCUACAAGUUUGAAUAAUAAUAGGAAAAAAGAGACAUUUCUUUUUUCCCCCUUUUGUUGUAAAGCACCUGAAAGACAUCAGACAUGUUUAUUUUUAACGAGAACAUAUCUUUUCUUCGACCUCGCAGUGUGCUGUCAGCGGUUCAUCCCUUUUCUCUCUGUGUUUUUUCCCUCUCCCCCCGCAAUCUGGGAAUCCGAUGGGACGGUCCAGCCAGGACUGACCAGUGCAGCAUGGACUGUCCCACUUUAAGAGAUUUUCCGGGGGGGAGAAGGGGAGUUUAGGAGCAGAAACAAAAGCACUGUGUUGUGAGACAAUCCACCAGUUUCUUCUCGCUCCGUCCUUCUAUCUUGAUCGCGUCCGGGGCCAAAAAUCAGAACAACUUAUCUCGAGUGUGUGUCGGUGUGUGAUGUGUGUACUCAUUUAUUGGCCAUUUGCACAUUUGUGUAACAUUUAAAUUUCAGUGUGAGAAAAAAGGCUUAAAAGGUCUCAGAUACAGAAAGACAGGCUUACACUGCUGCUGUUAUUUACUGUACCACACACACACACACACACACCUGUUGUUCUGCCCCUCAGUGUUUUCCUGCUCCCUCCAAUCAACAUCGUCCUGCUGCCCCCAGUGGGCGGAGCUGAAGCAGCCAGUCAGUGUUUCUGUUUGUAUUUGAAUACUGUAUUUUAUUUUUUUCUCUUCAAACUGCCUCUAGUCUAAUAAUAUUAUUAACAAUAAUUAUAAGGAUGGUCAGCGUUUCCUAAGUUUAGUAAGUUAUGUACAGUAUAAUUUAUUUUUCUCCUCUUUACGACCAUAUGAAACUAUGACAGUCAAUGAAACAUUAUUCUAUUUAGCUGGUAGAUAUUUAGCUAAAACAAAAGUUGUCAUUUUUACCUUGCUUUGUUUUGUUCCCUUUUUUUUUUUUUUUUAUGCAUUUGUUUUGUAUUAAUCCCCCGGGCGGGGGGACGGGCGUAGUUGCCCCCGGCCCCCCUCCGAGCUGAAGACAUAACCUGUUCAUGUCCAAACCCAUUUCUAAAAAGCACUCAGACUUGGAGAAAAAGAAGAACAUGAUUUUUUAUUGUUAUUAUCAUUUGAUUUGUAAUGGUUAUUAUAAUGUAUAAUGUGAAGUUUCCUCUCUUUUUUUGCCUUUUAUUUGAAUAUUUGGGGAAAUCAGUUGUAUCACUUUUGGAAACUGUUUUCUGUGAACAAAGAGUCCCGUCCCCGUUUACUAGUGUUGGUCGCCUCACCGAGACACAGUGGAACACCUUUGGCUUGGAUGCACUCACACACACACAUGCACAAACACAAUCACUCACACACACAUUUCAAAUGAAGAGAUUAUCAUGACUACCAAACAAAUCCUAUGCUGUCCUUUUUUUCUGUUUUAUGAAAUCUAGUAUACUAGAUUUAAAAUCUUGUACAUAUAUUGUUUUUGGUGUUUUUCUUUAAAUCAUAGGAAAGCAGUGUUUACCGUGAUCCACCAGAGUGUUCCGCUGUGUGUGAGAGUGUGUGUGUGUGUGUGCGUGUGAGACGACCACACGUAUCUACAGUAUCUUUAAAGUCACUUCUCAUCAGGAGCCCUUUGCUUUGUUUGAGCUCCACGCGAUGCUACAGGAGCCAUGACUACUCUUCAGGUGUGCUGCCACAUAGUGAUCAAUCAUUCUCGCUGUAGAUGUUUUGCUACAUGCCACAUAAUGAGCCUCUGGGUCUUAAUUUGCUGUAUAGUCACCCUUAUCAUCACACCUUGGUUCUACCCAAUGCUGGAGAAAAGGGGACUCAGUGGAUCAAUCCAUUUUUAGUUUAACAGGGGGGUGGGUGGGGCAUUAGGACGUCAAUCAUCCCUGCUGGCAAGGUCUGACCCCAUAUCAAGACAAUGAAAAUGAUGAUGAUGAUGAUAUUAUUUAAGACAAUCAAAGUCAUGAGUGGAGCUCACAACAAAGUAAGAAUUAUUACAAGUAAAAAAAAAAAUAUCUUACCAUCUCAACUUGAAAAAUCAAGAAAGAUAAUUAUGUAAAUAUAACAUAGAGUUAUAGAUUUAUAUUUUGUUCAUAACACAGUGUAAUAUAAGUUGUAUAUUUCUUUUUUUCUCUCCCUACUGUCUCUUUAUUGAUGUUAUCCAUGCCACGGAAAAGCAGAAGUCGCAGUACUCUCACAAAAAAAUGAAGAAAAAUAUCAAAGAAAUAAAGAAAAACAGGAAGAAGAAAAAAACCAAGCCGUGGGCUGCCACCACCAUCUGUUCUAAGUUCACUUUUUUUUCAGUAUUACUGCCAGACAAGGCUCUAAUAAAGACAGCAAUGUGUUGGGUAAAAAA